CUCCUCAUGUGGAUUGAUUGUGGAUGAAAUACAGUAACUCUGUUUAUAAUAACCCUUUUCCCCUGUGGCACGCAUCAUUCCAGCUCCCGUCUCUGGACAGCUACUGGACGCCUACAUUCACUCAGAACAACUGCAUGGAGCCAAGCCUUUUGGACCACAGCAUGAAUCAUUACUCCAGCAGCACCUACCCAGAGGACAGGACAGAGAAUCCUCCCUCCUUUCUACACGACGACACAUACAACUCCUCCUCCCCUCAGUCCUCCUGUCAGUCAAGUGGUGGAUCCCUUAUGUCUACGCUCCUACAGACAACCAUAGAGAGUAAAAGAACCCUGCAGGAGAGCACCACUGCAUACUACCCCCCAGACGCUCCCAUGUCCAGCUCUGCCGCCACCAAUCUUAACCCGGUGGACCACCACAGUAGCAGUACCACCAUGGCACCUCUGUCUCCAGCCAGCCAGGCAUCCACCGGGGCCAGUCCCACUAGAUUCAGACUCAAUGAGCCCGGGUUGACCCAGGACUGGAUGCUGGAGCUGGUUGACAGACACCGGGCGAAGCGUGCCAGAGUGGAGAACAUCAUCAGAGGCAUGGCAGGCUCUCCUCUCAGUGUUUAUUUCACAGGUGAAGGGUUUGGUGAAGGGGAGACCACUCCAACCAGUCACCUUCAGAGUGAGACGUUGGAAAACAAGAGGAAACAGAGGGUGCCACAGCACCAGGACGUCCCCAGGACAUGGGGCGUUAGCAGGAAGAGUACGGAUGAGGGGCAUACACUGAGGAAGCAGCUUCAGACCAUGCAGACGCUCCUGGGUCAACUCCAGGCCAGGUACAUCCAGGUCUACGAGAAUCAGACUAACGAGUCUGAAGAGGAGGACCACCAUAGUACUUGGAACAAAGAAUAUGUGGAGACAAAGACAUCUCUUGGUGAGGUGUUCUUGGACCCUUACAGUGAGUUUAACAAUAAGACGCCUUUAGAUAAAGGUCACCUGGGAUGGAUGAAUAACAAGCAAACUGACUACAUCCACUCAAACCCAGACAAAGACGACCAACUCCUAGCAGAUAUUCUCAAGUAUGAGCUCUCCAGAGCCGUAAACUCGAGCGUUGACUCAAUUUUUAAAAACAUAUCACAUACUUUCGUCAAGUCACCACAGCUACACGUCGAGGAUGGUGGAAUGGUGGAAACAGACGAUGAGACCGUGUUCCUCAGCUCUCGCGAGCCAGCGUCAACAUCCACCCGUGUAGAAAGCAUGUCACGACUCCCCUCAUGUUCCGAGAGUGGUAUGGCCCAACAACUACCAGAGAUUCAAACCGAGGCUCUAUCUCUGGUUGUUCAAAAGCCUGCUUCAAUGACUCGCCCAUGUUCUCUAAACCUAACAGUGAAAAGGCCUCUCAAUUUCCACCAUUCUCCAUUCCUAUACAACCACCCCACUGCUCUACAGGAAAACCACCAAGUACUGGACAACCUGAAACACAACAGCUCCCAUCACGAUACCUUCGGAGGGCUCCAGUGUAAACCCAGUACCAUGGGUCUGUCUACCCCAGAGAUAGUUGACUUACCGUGGGAUCCGGUCGUAGUGAGGUCCAAGGGGACCUCCAGGCCAUCCGGGAGUCCUCAGGCUCACCAACCCAUGGCCACGGGGCAUCGUGUGCUUCUGGACAGUCUCGGUCUCCCUCACAUCAAGAUGGACUGUGGUAGCUUUCAGAGUAUGGUGAAAAGGACCUCGUAUGUGCUGAAUGAAGGUCUGACACCACAGCAUCUGAAGAAAGCCAAGUUGAUGUUCUUCUAUACUCGCUACCCUAGUUCCAACGUACUCAAAACCUUUUUCUCCGAUGUCCAGCUCACUCGCUGUAUCACGUCCCAGCUGAUUAAAUGGUUCAGCAACUUCAGAGAGUUCUACUAUAUUCAGAUGGAGAAGUUUGCCCGUCAGGCCCGAGUGGAAGGGGUUAACAGUGUGAGGGAUGUAGCAGUGAGCAGAGACUCGGAGCUCUUCAGAGCCCUCAACAUGCACUACAACAAGGCCAAUGACUUUCAGGUCCCUGACAGGUUUCUUGAGGUGGCUGAGAUCACACUACAGGAGUUUUACAUAGCCAUCUCUCUGGCCAGAGACUCAGACCCAUCCUGGAAGAAAGUGAUCUAUAAGGUCAUCUGUAAACUGGACAGUGACGUACCGGCUGAAUUCAAAGCCCCCUUCACAACAUAGAGCCAGACAGAGAGGAGUUUAACCCAGGAUGAUUGGCGCUGUAUUAAAAAACAAACUAUUUCGCUGCAUGUCCCACUGUAUUUAUGCAUCCGUCAAAAAGCUCACCUCACAACGUAGACGUUUUCGCAAUUUGAUUUCCACGAUUCCUCUCCUCCUUUAAAAGGAAAAAUAAAUAAAAAUGAGGGAAGAGGAAACUUGUAAACAAAUGCACGGGUAAGAAAAGACUCCUGUGUUUAAAUCCUUUAUGUAUAAAUAUUUCCCCUCAUGGGACUUUCUUUGUGCCAGAGGCCUCUACUGAAUAUGUGUGUCACUAUCAAUGUUGACAGUUCUGGAUAAAAGCAUCUGCAAAAUACCAUAUUAACUGCAGUAGCCCUACAGCUAAAUACCAUAUUAACUGCAGUAGCCCUACAGCUAAAUACCAUAUUAACUGCAGUAGUCCUACAGCUAAAUACCAUAUUAACUGCAGUAGCCCUACAGCUAAAUACCAUAUUAACUACAGUAGCCCUACAGCUAAAUACCAUAUUAACUGCAGUAGUCCUACAGCUAAAUACCAUAUUAACUGCAGUAGCCCUACAGCUAAAUACCAUAUUAACUGCAGUAGCCCUACAGCUAAAUACCAUAUUAACUGCAGUAGCCCUACAGCUAAAUACCAUAUUAACUGCAGUAGUCCUACAGCUAAAUACCAUAUUAACUGCAGUAGCCCUACAGCUAAAUACCAUAUUAACUACAGUAGCCCUACAGCUAAAUACCAUAUUAACUGCAGUAGCCCUACAGCUAAAUACCAUAUUAACUGCAGUAGUCCUACAGCUAAAUACCAUAUUAACUGCAGUAGCCCUACAGCUAAAUACCAUAUUAACUGCAGUAGCCCUACAGCUAAAUACCAUAUUAACUGCAGUAGCCCUACAGCUAAAUACCAUAUUAACUGCAGUAGCCCUACAGCUAAAUACCAUAUUAACUGCAGUAGCCCUACAGCUAAAUACCAUAUUAACUGCAGUAGCCCUACAGCUAAAUACCAUAUUAACUGCAGUAGCCCUACAGCUAAAUACCAUAUUAACUGCAGUAGCCCUACAGCUAAAUACCAUAUUAACUGCAGUAGCCCUACAGCUAAAUACCAUAUUAACUGCAGUAGCCCUACAGCUAAAUACCAUAUUAACUGUAGUCUGGUCUUCAGCAGCAUGCCACAAACAGAAAGAUCUGCCAUGUGCGAGUGUCUGUAGUUGUGUGAAUCUCUGGGCAAAUUACAUUUCUGUUCGACAGACAUGUGAAUCAAAAUGGAGUUGGCCUGUCGAGCAGAUAGCCUUAUCAACCAGUAUGUCAUUUUAAAACAGGCAUAAUGAAUUGUAAUGAAUUGUACAAUGUGUAUUGUUUUGCUAUAUCAACACGAUUAACAAUACAAGA